AUGUCGUAUCAAAAUGACGAGAUCAUCCAAAAUUUGCCUAACGAAGGAGAUAUUGGGUUCUCGAGUAGUGAUGCUAGCAAUACGAUGCCUCCAUUAAGCAGCAGCAGUGAGGCGGAAGAAGACUUGAGACCGGAGGACCAUGGGAAUGGCCGUGGAGAACUACCUACGAUCGAUGAAGUGGAAGAAAGGAGAUUUAGAAUCAACAGAUACAACAUGGCUCGACAUCUUGAACGAUUUAGAUUAUCUGGUCGUCGUACUAAAGACGUUUGGAUAACAAGUACAAUGAUAGAAUCUACUAAUACGAGCGAAACCGAGAAGGGACCAUCGCACUCAAGUACAUCAUUAACCUAG